CUUCGCUAGUUCCGUCUAGUUAGAGCGUUGAGGAGGUAAGCUUUCCAAAGAAAUUUCAAAAGUAUUUCAAGGAAGUUCUAUAAAAAUACCAAAAACAAGAUUAACUUUCCCAGAAAAGUUUAUAUUUCCUAAUUAAAUAUUUUGGUACUUGAGAAAAGUAAAUACACGUUGCUACGCACCGAAAACAUCUUCUAGGACAGAUAUCAUUCGGUAAUUAUGACUACCGAUAAACACUUAUCUGUCAAGAAGCACACGGGUCACCAAUAAAAAACGAUCGAUUGAAAAUAACAUGGCCAAAAAGGGGGGAAAAUACAAUAUAAGGGAGAUAUGCAAAAGUACACGUAAGUUGCUGCACGAAGCUUUUCCAUUAUGUUUCUAAUCGCUUUGGUUGUUGUUUCCAACAUUUUCCUGGCACAGGGAAAUACUCUUGGUUUCUAUUGGAGAGAUUUCGACGGAACAAUUCCGGAAGACGCCUUUGUUGCCGGUACAACCAGGUUCAACAAGCCAAUUUAUAUAGGACAAGCCUUGUACAGUGGCAUGUUAAUUCCCGGAACCAUUUACCAGAACGACAAAACGGUAUACUUCGAAUACGGUGGAUGGGAACGGCAAGAAACCGAAAACGUUAAGAUCUUUUGUACGGAUGCGCCGGAUCAGUUCGAGUGGAUGCGGACGGACACCAAUCACAUCACGGCAGUUUCCAAAAAACUCAUAUUUAAGGCAGGGUUCGAGUCGUCGUCGACGUCGAUUUAUAUUGGUAGAACGCGAGCGUAUGGGGAGGUGUUGGUAGGGAAGGUGGUCUCCGGUGGUCGAUCGGACGGCAUAUACGUUGUUCGAAAAGGAAAUGUGAAAAGCUCGACCAAUAACUUUGAGGUGCUCUCAUACAAGCAGACGGAUGAAGUGCAGCAACCUAGUAUUAUUGUGAGAUGACCUCUUGGCCUUAAUACGUAGGGCAAGAGGGCCAACUAGUUAUCUCUUCUCCAGCUGGUUUUGAUUUUAGUAUUUAAACCAUGAAAUUUGAAUCGAUUGUAUUAUAAUAUUAUCUUGUAUAAUACUUAA